UAUACAACAACGCAGAAAAUAUAUAUACAGAGCAGCAGAGCAGAGCAGAGAGCAGUACACGCAUAUACAUAUAUGCACAAUAAAGAGUCUCUUGCGCGCGGACAGCACACUACAGCAGAGCAGCUGCAUCGAAAUACGCGAGAAAGCAGCAUAGUGAGAAUAUAUUUAUCGCGAGAGUCCGAGUAAGUGGCGAUGUUGGGUGCAAUCCUCGUCGCUAAAACGAGCAGCCAACGCGUCGUCGUAGUCGACUUGGCCCAAGACGAUGUGCUUAUACUCCGCCACAGCUGCAUUAUUACCGCUCCGUGAGAAUCAGCCCACCAGCAGCAGCACCUCUUGCUAAUACACAAAAAAUUAUUCCCCGAGAGAGGAUCCAACGUUCGUAGAAUUGCCACUACACAAGUACGCAGUGCGACGUAAUCGUUGCUAUUCUGUACCAUAUUAUUAUAAAUAAAUAAAUAUAGUCGCGAGUGAACACCUUCGACUACACUACUGCACAGCUACGAGGGAAGGCCUAGAGCGCGGUGUGCAGAUAGAGAGCUAUUCAUGUAUUGACUCGAGAGAUCUCGCCUCAAGAGUCUCGCGAACUGACCAAGAAUCCAAAUCUAUAUCGAUUAUAUAUACCUAUCGCACGAAUUGUAAAAUCACGCACUCAGCGGAUUCGGAGCAGAGUUUGUUUUGUGUCGUUUUACUGAUAUCUGGCUGUCUCUCUUUUGCUCGCCUUCGCUCUUUCUCUGUCUCUCUGUCUCUCUCUCUCUCUCUCUCUCUCGCUCACGGAAAAGUUUUCGAGCGUGUGUGCCUGGGUUCUUUCUCUCCGCGAUUGACGUCGUCGUCGCCUCGCGCCGUGCUUUGACAAUAGCCGAGCAGCGCCUUAGCUGCUUGAGAGAGAGACGGAGUUACUCGUGCGAGCCGUGAGAGCCGUGAGUGUUAGCGACGAGCAGCGCUCCGAGAGCAGUAUAAGCAGCAACAGCAGCAGCAGCAGCAGUAGCAGCAGCAGCGAGAGUCAUCCCGAGGAACAACAACAAAGUCCAGAACCCAGAGCAAGCCUGGCCUCGAGCGGCGAGUCCGACGACGGUGGGCUUGCUCCGCCACCGCGCAAACGGUUACGUAGUUCGCUACAGCAGACUACUCAGGCGGAGCAGGACCAAUCAUCAACCACUGCCACGAGCAGUACCUUCGUCGCGCCGUCCGACAACAACGCGACCUCGUCAACCCCAAACACAUCGUCAUCGGCAUCGUCUUCAUCCUCGGCCGCAGCAACAGUCACAACAGAGCCAACGACAGGAGCAGUCACAACAAUCACAUCGACAACAACAACACAACAAGCAGCAACAACGGCACCCCAAACACAGAGCAGUAGCAACGACCCUGCAGCCGCGCAAGAAGCAGCAGCCAGCACAACGUCUCCACCGGCCGAUCAGUCGCAACAGCCUCGAGACGAGGCCCACCAACUCGUCGAUCCAGAGACUGCCACCUCGUCGUCCGCGGCAGCAGCUUCCUCGUCCAUCAUUACCGCUACUAAAGAGCAAAUGGACAACUGUCGAGUGAUGCAACAGCAGGGAGCCAAUGGGGCGGCUGUCUCUCCAUCCAAUAAUCAGCAGAAUGGGACACUCAGUGAUACCGGUGGAGGUGGUGGUGGAUGCGUGCCUACCACAAAUGGAAAUAUGAUCACCGAAACCGAUGGAGAGACUGGUGAGCAGCUCAAUGGUGAUGUCAAUCCAACUAUUUCCACCAAAAUCAUAGAUAAGACAAACCAGGAUAUCGUCAGGCUCAUUGGACAACAUUUAAGGACAGUUGGUCUAGAUCGUACUGCUGACUUGUUAAUGCAAGAAUCAGGAUGUCGUUUGGACCAUCCAGCUGCAGCCAAAUUUAGACAACACGUUAUGGAUGGUGACUGGAUAAAGGCUGAUUAUGAUCUCAUUGAACUCAAAGGUUUCUUAAAUACUGAAAGUCAUAGUUUGGAAAUGAAAUUUCUGUUGUUGGAGCAAGAAUAUUUGGAAUUUUUGGAGGAUGGUUUAGUACUUGAAGCUUUGCAUGUACUUCGAAAUGAACUCACUCCUCUGGGUCACAACACAGGUCGUGUUCAUCAAUUGUCUGCUUUUAUGAUGUGCAGUGGUAGAGAAGAAUUACAGGCUCGAGCUGGUUGGGAAGGCAAAGGCUUGGCUUCACGUUCGGCGCUAAUGGAUAAACUCCAAAAAUUCCUGCCUCCUUCAAUAAUGCUGCCACCACGACGUCUUCAUUCCCUUCUUUGCCAAGCUGUUGAAAUGCAGAAUCAACAAUGCACUUAUCAUAUAACUCAAACACAGACGAAUCUCGAAAACGUAUCGCUCCUAGUCGAUCAUAGUUGUAGUAAGGAACAGUUUCCGUGUCAUACUACCCAAAUCUUGAACGAUCACUGUGAUGAAGUUUGGUACUGCAAAUUUUCACCAGAUGGUCUGAAACUUGCAACCGGUUCAAAAGACAUGUCCGUCAUCAUUUGGGACGUUGAUCCUGAAACAUUACGCGUUACGCACAGAAAAACUUUAGAAGGUCACACAUACGGAGUGGCUCUUGUAGCUUGGAGUCCAGAUAGUAGCCACUUGAUAGCCUGUGGACCAGAAGAUUGUCCAGAACUUUGGUUGUGGAAUGUCGAUACACCGGAUUGCGAAUUACGUGUUAAACUUACUCAAGGUACUGAAGAUUCGCUGACUGCCUGCGCCUGGCAUCGCGACUCUAAUAAAUUCGUGACGGGAGGACUUCGAGGUCAAUUUUACCAAUGUGAUAUGGAUUGUAAUGUUUUGGAUUCAUGGGAAGGCGUACGAGUUAAAGGUUUAUGGUGUAGAAGCGAUGGUAAAACGGUACUAGCCGCAGAUUCUCAUCAUCGCAUUCGUGGUUACAACUUCGACGAACUAAGUGAAUUUACGAUAUUGCAAGAAGAUCAUCCAAUCAUGUCGUUUAGUGUUAAUAAGGCUGAUAGACAAGCCCUUCUGAAUGUUGCUCACCAAGGGGUUCACCUUUGGGAUUUACAAGAUAGAUGUUUGGUGAGGCGUUUUCAGGGUGUUACUCAAGGGCACUUUACUAUUCAUAGUUGUUUUGGAGGUGUAAAUGAAGAUUUUAUUGCCUCAGGAAGUGAAGAUAAUAAAGUUUAUGUAUGGCAUAUUAAGAAAGAGUUACCCAUUGCUACAUUAACAGGACACAGCAGAACAGUUAAUUGUGUAUCCUGGAAUCCUGUUUAUCACCAGAUGAUGGCUUCGGUGUCUGAUGAUUGCACAGUGAGGAUAUGGGGACCCAAGUCUGCCGUUCGUUAUUCGUAACGAUAUUUUCAUGUGACAACGCUAUAUAUUUUAAUAAUUAAACAACACUGCAAAUGGAGGCUGACAUGAUAUAGUGUCGUAGCAGACGUGGUGUGAAUCAUGUGCCCAUGACCCUAUGGUGUUCAAAAGACUGUCGUGUUGACUAUCACUCGAAUUCUCCUGCCCUCCAAUGAUUUCGUCAUAAUUUUUAGACGAUUAGAAAGUUCUUCAAAGAUUACAUAGUUGAGUUCAAUCCACAGAUAGAUUGAUCUUAUAAAAUUCGAAAUUGAGCGUUACAUAAAGCCAACAACAUAGAGCAGUCACGUGAUAUAAUUAAACAUUGUGAUUUCACUUUUCUAGCUCAAGUGAGUCACGCUUCUUUAUAAAAGAAAAACUAUAAUAACUAAAUUUAACUUCCUAUUCGAUACCAGGCAGAAUGUUUUUAUUUUAUCCCAAUACUCGUGGUUAUACAUUUUUAAAACUAUUAUAGAUUAUCGUUAGGCAGAACGCUAAAAAUACCGAAAAUACUUUAUUUUUUAUAAACUAAAGAACAAACAUUUUUUGCCAGGACAGAUUAUUAGACUGUUAAAAAUGCGUAGCUAACAAAGAAAAUUGAUACGCAUUAACAUAUGAAGUAAAAUGUAGUUUAUAAGUAAACGACAUGUGUAAAAGUUAUAAUGAUUUAAAAACAUUUUAAAGGUAUAUUUUAUUGAUCGGGUAUACAAAUUUAAAGUUUGUACACUUUCGAAACAUUAUUAUAAACAUGGUACGAGGUGUUGUAUCAUAAUACUAAAGAGGAAACGUUUUAAAAUUAAUUUUUUUCUAAACCAGUAUCAAGUCAAACUAAUAAUCAACUUAUGUAUAUCCUUUUUUUGACUGAUACAAAGUCAACAAUCAACUGUCAUAAAAUGAUUUUUGGUGCAACUGCUUAAAAAGUGAUUCUCAAUAAAUAAGAGAGAUUUGUCGCUUGAUCAAAGCGAUUUCAAAGCUUGCUGAUAACCACCUUUUGCAUCUGUAUAAAAACGUAUAUUUACUUUUCAUUUUUGUAUGUUUCGGUUUGUUGGUGAAAAUUCAAUAAAUAUAAUAUCAUAUUUAUAAGAUGUUCAAUACUUCAACAAGACAAGAGUAGACUUACUUACUAUCUGGCUUUGAGCAACAAAGUUACGAUUUAAACUUAUGUUAAUGAAAGUUUAGAACUUGAAUCUAAUAUACAAUCGCCAUUUUUAAUACAAUUAUAGUUAAUAUUAUUAUUUAUUAAUUCUACUACAAAUUUGUUACGAUAUAUUUAUAUAAACAAAUUACGAGCUUUAUAUUUAUAUCAAACGUUGCGUUAAAAAUUGCAAAGCAUACAAACUCGAAUUUAGAAAUUCAUGUACAAAGGUAAUAAUAUCUUUAGAGCAGUGAAAAAUACCUUUACGUAUUAAAAUUUUUUUUUAAAUGCAGUUGAGAGAAAAAUUCAUCAACAUCGAAAAAGUUUGUCUUAAAUUAAUUUUAAUAGCAAUCAUCGAAAAAAAAUUUUGAAAUGGAAAGGUUAAAAAAUCUACUUGAACGCCGUGAUAAUUUUCAUUAAAAUAUCUAGACUAUGGCAUAUAAUUAUUAAAAAUAGUUAAGUUUGAUCUACCAAAAUUACAUGAUUUGAGUUCAAGACUUUAUUUUCGAAAAAAAUAAAGUUUCAUGAUUUUUCAUCAUCAUGCAAUUUACGCAAUACGAAAACGCAAAUUUAAAUUAUAUAUAAAAAUUUAUUAAUGCAUUAUAGUUGAUAUGAUUUGUCUCGUUGGUUGGUACAAAAAGUAUUUUUAUGCUGUAAAAUAAUUAUAUUGUUGAAAUAUUGAAAAAUAAAUAACGAGUGAAAAAUAACGUUUGGUGUAAUUGUUGAUACAAGUAUUUCUUCUAGAUAUAUAAAAUAGGAGUAUUUUACCUUUCGUUAUGACAGUGGAGGACAUUUUUUUUUUCUGGGAUUCAAAAAAUUCAUAAUUUUGAAAGCCAAAUAUAAAGCAAUAAUAACGAGAAAAUAAUACACGGAAAAAGCCAAGUAUCGUGACAUUUAUUUUAUUGUGCAAUUAUUAAAAACAUCUGAAUCAAAAGCAAUGUUAUUUUGUUAUCGUUCAUAACAACAUGAGAUAGUAUAGAGUCGAUAGAAUUUUAUUCCUCAUUCAGGAUUUGCGUUGAAUUUAAGUAUUGAAAUAAAUGGUGCAAUAAGCAAUAAAAAUAUUUCAUUAUUUUAUUUAACUUCGUGUUUUCACAUUCAUCUUGUGGAAAUUGUCGAUGACAAUCUUGAACGAUGAAUAAGUAAAAAUGUUCACUCGGAAAAAAGUAACGAUCAGCGAGACAAAUUUUCGAUCGCAUUAAUCAGAAGAUUCGGCCACAUGGAAAUCGAUACGAUUUCCAUCUAUUUACAAACUUUGUGCAAUUCACAUAGAACCAAUUUUGUCGUGUAUAAAACGUGCGCAGAUUUAAGGCUCCUAGUUACAUUAGUACAUUAGUUCAUGAUAUGUAUUAUAUCAAAGUCGGACGUGCUUUUACAUAGUAUAGUGGUAAUACAAUCACUUAUAUAAAUAGGAAUUCAUACUGUGAAUUUGGUAAUAAACGGUUAACUGUAACUGUACGUUUUUGACUCCCGAGAUGCACCUAAUAUCAUUUGUCAUUUUCUUAUCGAUUAACAUAACACGACUUAAAUAAGUAAAAAGAAAAAUAAUGUACAUGAUGCAAUAGAUGUACACUGAGUGCCUUAGCACUUGAGAGUUCCAUUAUAAAGCAUACUUAUUCUAUCAAGAUGAAUUGACUACUGUUUAUUGAGAAAAAAAAAACAUUUUGCAAUGAUGUAAAAACUGAAAAUUUUAUAGUAUAGUUGUGGACAGUUCUAAAAUUUCGAGCAAAAAAAUAUCACGAUCAUUUGAUGCAUUGAGCAAAACUGCCAAUACAAUGCUCAACAGGCUGUUUCAAUCUCUUGAAGCAAUAUCCAACGAUUAUUUUCUGAUCAAAAAGUAUUUGCUGUUUUCAGUGGUUCACUACUUAUUCUUCGAAAAUUGUUGGACAUUGAUUUAUUUGACACAAGUAGUGUCAUUCACGAGUGAUACAAAUUUUACAGAAAAAAAAGAACAAAUAUAUAAAAAAGUAUGAGUAUAUUUUACAUAAAUAUUCUAGAAAUGCCAGACAAAGCAAAAAAUUUCAUCUUUCGAAAGUUAUAUUUUUUCACAGUGUACUAAAUGAACUGUUCAGUGCCAUUAAAAGUUUACUCUACACAAAGACGAAGGACGAACCAUUUUUCCGUGGAGGUGUGGCAUUUUCUAUUGUGUUCAAACAAGCGGUCUGUGUUAAAGUCAAUUUGAAGCAUGAAUAAUUAUUUUGGCCUAAACAGAAAAUUUUCAAAAUUUUUUAUUUCAAGCUUGUGAUCUUGAUUUUGAAUAUUUAUAAUUUGGCCUGACUCAACUUGUUAUUUGCUUUUGCUGUAUACAUUUUAUGUAAAUUCAACAAAAUCGAUACUCGACUAUAAUUUAAAAAAAAAACCUGAUCGAAAGAAAUCGAAUGAUUUUCAUGGAUUCACCCAACAUCGUAAAGAAAAAAAAACAUUGAUUUGAGAGCUUCGCGUACUUCGAAAUAAACCUCGAUAGCGUACGUGAAAAGGUAGCUUAACGCUUGUUAGUUUUUUCUCGCUCACGAGAAUAUUAUUUCGUAAAAAAAACUCUAUCAAAGUUCUAUAUAUUGCCUCUAUUGUACAAUAAAUUGCUUCUACUUUUCUCGUGGCUCAAUAAUUCAUGAUAUAAAAAGACAUAUGGCCUUACUGUAUUUUUCGCUUUGUAAAUUAUCGCGAUAAAUGUGCACGAAUAAUGAAAUUAUUAUUCAAUUGAAGUUAUCACGAUAUAACAAAAUAUACAUAUUAAUUAUAUCUUAUAGAUAUAAUAUUAAGUGCGAGCCGAGUAUGAGUGCGUCAUUUUGUAACAUUUUGCGAAUUAUAACCAUCAUACAAUACCUGUAUCGAUAAGUAUAAAGUAAAUGGGAGUUUGCUGUAGAAUAAAAAUAAUGAAGGAGGAAAAAUGGGUAUGUUCAUGUAAAAAAUAUAAAAAAUUGUCGUUUGCGUGAGAUGCUUUUAACUCCGUAAAUAUCAUUUAUAUUAUAAGAUGACGAAAGCUACGAUUAUCUUUGCGUAUCGAGACAAUGUUUUUCUCUCUCCUCACGCGACUAAUACAAAACUCAUGUAUCUCGAUUGAUUUUUGAAACAUGAAGAUUAAAUUGUAUAGUGGCGUAGUAUAUAAAGAUAUAGCAUGAAUAAUAACCCGCGCGAGCAUUACGCGCGCCUAUAUAAAUAUUAUAUCAUAAGUUUGAUUGAUUUCCACCGAGCUAUUGUGCAAUAUGUGAUGUAUCGGUAAACAAAAUUUCGUUUAUUAUCUCGUUGACGAUAAAGAAAAAACAACAACAACAGAAGCGUACCAAAUAGAACCGAUUGUGCAUCGUAAUUUUCAUUCUUUGUUUUCCUCUGCGAGAGCAAAACUGCCAUGGGAAAACGAGUAUAGUUCAUGUCAUAUCUAUAGCUGAUGCACAUUGUCAAAACCCUAUGGAAUUAUUUCUUCCUUCAUCGAUCACGUAUAAAACAAGAAAAAAAUCAAACGCUAUGUACCGUGAUUAAUUUACAAAAUAAAAUCGAUGUGGCACACGACUCAAUACAUGUUAUAACUACAAAAUAAAAAUAAAAAAAUUACUAACGAAGUAGCAGAAGAAUCUUGGGCUUAAACGAGUGAGAUUCGAGUGAUGAUUUAAAAAAACAGUUGAAUUAAUAAUGAAUUAAUUAUAUGACGUGUAAAAGAUUUAAUUGGAUUAAAAAUAAUAUUAGGAUUAUACAAUAUAAAUAUAUAAAUAUAUUAUAUAUAUGAACCUUUGGUUAUUACAUAAAUGUUAAUGUGAUAGUUUUUAAUAAAUAAUCGCCUGGAUUA